ACGUCACGCAACUUCGCGUAGUACAUACAUAGCUUUAAAUCGGUCCAAUUUAACCUCUUUUUAGUAAAUAAAAAUAAAUUAUAUGAGCUAACAUCUUGACGAUUAAUUUAUAUUAAUGUACGAUGGAGGAAUGAUAAACAGCAGUAUUUUUUCUCUUUUUAUAGAGAAAUUUUAAAUGGAUUAAUUCAAUCGAAUCAUAUUUUUGUAGUAAAAACCUACAGGUUUCGUAGCAUUUAAUAAUGAUUAUUAGCAACGUAUGACAAGAUUGAUUUUAUAUACGACAAUGGCAGAAUCAGAUAGUACAAGCACAUUGAAAUGGACGCGGCCCGAUCAGGUGAUGCAGUUACAUCGUAUGAAGUUAAAGAAACGAGCACUUCAAGCGCGUAUAAAUAAAACAAAUAUCAACAGUGGGGAGGUUCAAUGCCCUGCUAGGAAUUUAGAUGGAUUUAAUUCCAGCAAUCGUAUACUGCAGGAUAUAUCUCAGAAACGUAAAAAUCCAUUUGCAAUCAAUGAAUCGUAUAAGAAACAGAAGAAUAUAACAUCAGCUGGACUAGAAAUCAGUAGCGACAAUACAUUGUUUGAAUUAUUAAAUCUUGACGUUCAGCAAAAGAAACAAGCAAUAGACUCACCUGUAAAUAACUCGUUAACUUUUACCAAUGUUCUUUCAAAAUUGGAAUCAAUUAAUCAGACUCCUAAUGCAAGUGUUCCAAAGGGAGAAGAGUAUAUUCCUAUAGAUUGGACGUUAAAAACUAAAGUAAGAUUCAUGUCUCCAAAACCAUUUCCAUGGAAUGGCAAACUUAAGACAAGCGAAGAAGCAUCGGGUACUACAGGAUUUGUUAGAUGUCUAGACAUCGGAGAAAAAGAGACAACUUUGGACACUAGUCUAAAUGCAAGAUUUCAUCAAUGCUGCUUAAUAUGGCAGCAUCCAUCUUUACCAUGGUUGGAAUUAUUUCCUCGCUCUGCGGGCAAAGUGAGUGCUAGUCUUGCAAGUAAUAUAUCAUUGGCAAACAAUCAAUGUACAAAAGAUGCAUUGUACAGAGAAUGGUGCGAUAGCUUCAGAUCAUUGUUUCAUUUGCUGCGAGCAAGACAAUGUCCAUACUUUUAUGUAUGUGCUAACACAUUUACAGUACUGUUUCGUGCUGCUGGUAUCUGUGGUUUGUCAGAGAUUCAUGCUCUUCUCACACCUACUACACGUGGAUUUCGUCAAUCAUUAAAGCAAGAAGAAAUAGAAUACUCUAUGCCAUUAAGGAAAGAUUCUAAAAGACGAUCCGAUGGAGGAGAUUCCGAUUCUACGACUACAGAUGUUUUAUCUAAUACAACAAAUCAACAAAAUAAUUAUGAAGAAGAGGAAGAAGAAGAAGAAGAAACUCAAGAUGCAUGGCUCAAAAGUCUUGGAGUAGAAAAUUCAGAAAUAAAAAAAAUUAACCAUUCACAGACGAGAAUGACUUUGGAGAAAGAAAGUGAAAUAGAUAAUUUGAAGCAAUCACUCGUUUUUGUAAAAGGCGUAGAAACGCAGGCGUUAUUUAACUUUUUAAUUAAUUGCAAAUCUGCUACCGCGGCGACCGGUGCGUUAGCCGGUGUUCCUCCUACGCUUUUAGCUCCGACAGCUUUUCACGGUGCCACGUUAAAAGCACUUAAGGUCCGGGAAAGUGUAGUACGUGUUGAUAACGACAGAUAUUACUCUUUGGAAUUGAAAGGACCUCUUUUGCCGCAAGUGUUACCAUCUCUCUGUCAUUUGAUGACAUCUAGUCAAUUGGAACAGUAUUCGGCGAGCUGCGCACAACUGGAAUCGACAACUCCGUUUUCUGUGGCAAAGCAUGGUACAGGUUAUACAAGCGUUACAAAAGAAGAGGAUCAUAAUAUCACGAAAGUACCACCUAAUGUGUUUGGACAAGAAAAUCUAAGCGAUUGUGGAUUCAACGAAGAAUUAUUGAGUCACUUUUGUAAUCCUGAUCCAGCCAGGAUAGAGGUCUUUGAAAGCUUUAAAUUCUUCAACGGAUUAUACACCUGGUCGUAACGACACGAAUAUUUAAUUUAAGAAAUAAACGCAUUUGAAUACACACACAGGUUUGUCAAAUUUAAAUUAAUAAAAAACAAACUAGAUAUUUCAUUCUAAGCAUUAGGGUGACGUUACAUCGCUAGCGACACGUAAUGUUUAUUAAUGAAAUGCAGUUGUGCUUGUGAUAAAAAAUUUUUAUCGUUGUAAAAUUACAGAGAGCGAAAUUUAUACUCAAUUUUACUAAGAUAUAUGUAAUAACUCGACAUAAAAUGUGUGAAAUAUUUGACGCAAUAUUUGUGUACGAUAAGAUGUACAGGUAUUAUCGAUAGUGGAUAAAAACGGUACGGAUAUUAUCGACAUUAGA